AUGGAUGAGAUGGUGCGCAGUUGUGUCGUCUUGCUCUAGCACUCCUCUCCAUGGUGCCGUGGAGUUGAUACCCAGUAGAGCUUCACCGGAAUCAGCAGUCAUUCACGGACAGUCCAUUGCAAAGUGCAGACACGGUGUUCCUCUUGGUGUCCCACACACUUCCCAUUGUGUUGAAAGGAACUCUGUUUUUGGUUGUAAUAAGUAGAAAGUUUUUUUGUUGUUGAGACGCGAAGAAGCUGGAGCAGGAAAGACGAGACAAAUCUUCGACGAGGGUAUUUUUAGACAUAAAAAAAUCUCAAGUCUACGACGCCCCUAAAAGUUGGGACCCAUCAGACACACUCCAUCGACUCUUGGAGACAUUUUAAGUGGCCCCCGCGACGAGACUCUCUCGGUUUCUCAAACAAAAAGCAAAUUGCUUGGAAAACGCCGUGCGUGGAAUUUUUUUAUCGCGUUGCUGAAUAACGCAAAAAUCCCCUCGAAAAAAAAACCGGACAUUUUGCAAUUUAGCUUGCAAAUUUUUACGUGUGUGAAAAAAAGUGUGUGCAAAAAGUCUGCAAAAAACCCUCGUGAAAAUAAAAAAAAGAAGGAUUAUUAGUAUUCUCAACAGUAGAAGAAAUUCGCCCCCAAGAAAGCCGCAGCGCCUUGAGGGAUUAACCGAGAAGCCGAAGCAAAAGAGGAAGUUAUUCAGAUCUUGAGGGCGCGAGUGGUGAUCACGUGGCAUUGGCUUGAAAAAAAAAAACAAUAAAUAAUUCUCGGGAAGGAUUUAGGGAAGAUGAAUGGGCAGAGCAUUGAGUUGAAUGGAUCGUCAAAUGGGGAUCUACUGGCGCAGAAUCAAAUGAAGGGCUGGUGGACAAUUGGGCUGAUAAAUGGACUGCACAAGUACAUGACAGCAGAAACAUUUGGAUACAAACUCAAUUCCAAUGGUGUGAGCUUAAAGAAGAAGCAACUCUGGACGUUGGAGCCAUCAAAUACUGGUGAAAGCAUCAUCUACUUGAGAUCUCACCUGGGCAAGUACUUGUCCGUUGACUCCUUCGGGAAUGUACUGUGCGAAUCAGAGGAGCGCGACGCUGGUAGUCGCUUCCAGAUCAGCAUCGCCGAAGAUGGUUCCGGCCGGUGGGCACUGAGGAAUGAGUCCCGUGGAUAUUUCCUCGGUGGCACGCCCGAUAAAUUGGUUUGCACAGCAAAGACAGUCAGCAAAGGGGAAUUCUGGUCUGUGCAUCUUGCCGCUAGGCCUCAGGUUAAUUUGCGGUCUGUUGGUCGGAAACGGUUUGCUCACCUGUCGGAAACUCAAGAUGAGAUUCAUGUCGACGCCAACAUUCCGUGGGGCGAAGACACGCUCUUCACAUUGGAGUUCCGAGCAGACGAAGGAGGACGUUACGCACUGCAUACUUGCAAUAACAAGUAUCUGAAUUCUAAUGGAAAGCUCGAGUCUCAAUGCACUGAGGAUUGCCUAUUUAGUGCUGAAUACCACAGCGGUCACCUGGCGCUGAGAGAUCGCCAUGGGUUGUACUUGUCACCAAUUGGAUCGAAGGCUGUGCUCAAAUCUCGCUCUCAAACAGUUACCCGGGAUGAGUUGUUCUCCCUGGAGGAUUCCCUGCCACAGGCCUCCUUCAUUGCAGCCCUCAACUCCAAAUACGUCUCAGUGAAGCAAGGUGUCGAUGUGACUGCAAAUCAGGAUGAAAUUGGGGAGAAUGAAACGUUCCAGUUGGAAUUUGACUGGUCAGCCCAUCGUUGGGCACUGAGGACAACCCAGGAUCGGUACUGGUGCCUCUCAAACGGUGGUGGAAUCCAAGCAACGGGCAAUAGACGGUGUGCCGAUGCUCUCUUUGAGCUCGUCUGGCAUGGCGAUGGGUCAGUCUCCUUCCGCUCCAACAAUGGUCGAUUCCUGGCCACAAAGCGCUCAGGCCACCUCUUCGCCACAUCCGAGACAAUUGAGGACAUUGCCAAGUUCUACUUCUACCUAAUCAACCGACCCAUCCUCGUGCUAAAGUGCGAACAGGGCUUCGUCGGCUACCGGGCACAGAAUAGCAAUAAACUCGAAUGCAAUAAGGCCACAUACGAGACAAUCCUCGUGGAACGAGCAGAAAAGGGUAUUGUCCACUUCAAGGGACACAAUGGGAAAUACUGGAGAAUAGAUGGAGAUGGAAUCACCGUGGAUGCUGACACUCCAAAAGAUGGAUUCUACUUGGAACUUAGAGAACCAACAAGGAUUUGCAUCCGAUCUACCGACGGCAGGUACUUGGGCGCCACGAAAAAUGGGACAUUCAGAAUAGUCGAAGGUGGAUCAGAUUCAGCCACGCAGUGGGAAUACUAAAGCAUUAAUCUAUGGAUCUACCUAAUGAAAAGAAAAACAUAUUUUAAAUGUAUUGUGCUUAAUUAAUUAAUGCUAUUUAUAUUAUUACACCGUAUAUCAUAUUAUCUUCUUUUUUAUAUAAUAUAAAAUCCGUGUGCGUGGCUUUCAAGAUUCCUUCUAACGGAUUUUUUCUUUAUUUCUUUCAUAAGAAGAUCUUUUCACUAUUUAAGCCACUAAAAAAAAAACUUUUGCAAUAAUGAUUGUUCUUUUGGAAGGAAAAAUAUCAAAGUUUUUUUUUUUAUAUAUAAAUGAGAUAUUUUAUAGAUGAGACGAUGAAGUUGUGGGGAAAUGUAUUUCCUCGGAUUAAUUGUAAUAUUUUUUAUUUUAUUUUAAAGUAUAUUAUAUUGAUUUAUUAUCUUUCAUGAGCAUGUUGGAAGCUGAAUAAAGUCAUUCUUGAUAUUUAUAUUUAUAUAAAUAAAAAAAUAAACGCAUAAUAUUAGUCACACCACUGAAUAAUAUCAAAGGGAACGAAGAAUGGAGUACUUAUGAGAACACCCAGAGAGAAACUGCCAAAAUACUGUCCAAUUUUUUUUAAAUAAUAAUAAAACGUAAAAGUGGACCCAUCA